GUAUCGAUUUUCCGGAAUCUGGACGUAAACAGUAUCCAGAUUUUUAUCCAAGAGAUUUAUUUUAACUUUAUUUUUUAAAUAAAUAUAAUGAAAAGACAAAAUGUGAGGACGCUGUCCCUGGUUGUGACUACAUUUACCUAUUUGCUGAUCGGAGCUGCUGUUUUUGAUGCUUUGGAGUCCAAAGAAGAAGAAAAAAGGGAUAUGCUCUUAAGAGUUUCUUCAAACUCGCUCAAAGCAAAAUACAACAUCACGGAGGAAGAUUACAAGAUGAUAGAGCUGAUGAUAAUAGAGUACAAGCCCCACAAAGCGGGACCCCAAUGGAAAUUCGCCGGAUCUUUCUAUUUUGCCACUGUAGUCUUGGCUAUGAUUGGUUACGGCCAUUCUACUCCUGUUACAGCUGGUGGGAAAGCAUUUUGUAUGGCAUAUGCCAUGAUAGGUAUUCCUUUGGGUCUGAUCAUGUUUCAAAGUAUCGGUGAGCGUUUGAACAAAGCGGCGUCAAUCAUAAUCAGACAAAUUAAGAAAUAUAUGAAGUGUCACAAGGUAGAAGCCACUGAAAUGAACUUGAUGUUCGCCACAGGAAUGCUAUCAACUAUCAUCAUCACCACUGGAGCAGCCGUUUUUUCUCGAUACGAGGGAUGGACAUAUUUUGACAGUUUUUACUAUUGCUUCGUCACGUUGACUACCAUAGGAUUCGGAGAUUAUGUAGCGUUACAGAACGACAAUGCUCUAAUCAACAAACCUGGAUACGUCACACUUAGUUUGGUCUUUAUACUGUUUGGUUUAGCAGUGGUUGCGGCCAGUAUCAACUUGCUCGUAUUGAAAUUCAUGACAAUAGGUCCAGAAGAAAGUAGGAAAGACGAUCAAGAUCUGCAAUCAUCCUCGCAUCACGUUUUUGCUUUAGAGGGUGAAAUGAUGAACGUUAAUGGAAAGCUAUUGGCAGGACAUACGUUCAUUGAAGACGAUUUUGAUCAAACGUCUGUCUGUUCUUGUAACUGCCUCGGAUUGAAUCACCCAGAUAAUGAAAGGUUACUUUUCGAAGGUUGUUAUCACCCAUCAAACAUUGUAUUAAACUCAACAUUGUCUACAAAACGCGCAUCAGUGUGACAUUAUCCCCAAAAAUUAUAAAUAAGCUAAAUAUCAAAAUUAUCUAAUUAUUU